GGAGGGAAGGGACGGCGCCGCGCUGUACAACACAACUCCCCCCCCCCACCCUCUCGUCAGACGCUAUGACUCCCAACUUGACAAAGUGAUCGGAGCUCAUUCGCUGGGAAGCAGCAGAAGGCGGCAAAGAGACAUUCCCCUCUCCACUUCCCAAAUCACGCUUUUCCCCAUCCCUUGGCUUCUUCCAUCGCAGACUUUUCUGGGAAGCUUGGACCUCAGGAGGCGCGGAACCAUGAUGCCCCCCAGCCUGGGACCCUGGACGCUGCUUCUGUUUUUCUAUGCACCACCGAAGAGCAUGGCCGAGCAAGAAGUGGAGAACCUUUCGGGGCUCUCCCAGGACCCCGAAAAGGCCAUUUUUGUCGUCCGCGAGAACGGCACGACUUGUCUCAUGGCGGAAUUUGCCGCGAAGCUGAUCGUCCCUUAUGAGGUGUCGGCCAGCAAUUUUGUGGAUACGAUCACCGAGCAAGCCUCCAUCCCGCUUUCCCGCGGGGCCGAAGAGCGAGGGAAGUGCGGCACCAACGAGUCCGAGCUCCACCUCUCCUGGCUGGACAAGGCCUACACGCUCCGGCUUUACUUCCUCAAGGAGAGCCGCAACACCAGCGCGGGUCCCGAGUCCUGGUGGAAGAUGAGCAAAGUCCAGUUCUCCUACGACAGCUCGGAGCGCACCUACUUCAAGGCCGCCGUCAACCCUGGGAAGCACACAGUCACGACGCGUCAUCUUUCAGCUUUAGUUACCCCAGCUGGAAGAUCUUAUGAAUGUCAAGCUCAGCAGACCAUCACCCUGCCUGCCAGUGACCAUCAAAAAUCAAUACUUCUCUUGCUGUCAGAGGUCCACAUACAGCCCUUUGACAUCAGCUCUGAUUUUGUUUUCAGUGAAGAACAUAAAUGUCCAGUUGAUGAAAGAGAACAAUUAGAAGAAACCCUUCCUCUUGUGCUGGGCUUGAUCUUGGGACUGUUGAUUGUGAUAACCCUCGGCGUUUAUCAUCUCCAUCUCAAAAUGACAGCAAAUCAAGUCCAAAUUCCACGGGACAGAUCUGAAUAUAAGCAUAUGGGAUAGCUGACAAAGUAACCAAUCUGGGGGAGGGGGAAGCACCUCUUACGGAGAGGUUGAGGAAUUCUUGACUGGACUAUGACCAAAUAGA